AACGCCCCCAAAAUCUGUUUCUAAUUUUACAGAAAUCUUUUGAAAUUUGGCCCGGUAUUCAAACGUCCAUGGAACGAAAAAAACUUUGUUCUAGCUUCAGCUCCCAGCUCUGAAGACAGACUUGUUCUUUUCAACGGUUUUCACAGAUCCGGUGACCCACGCUCUGAAGUCAGACUCAGCUAACUUUCAAAAACAUCUGGAAAAAUGAAGACAUGGUUAAAAAUUGUGUUCGGAGUUGCCAUCUCUGCUGUGCUUGCUCUAUUGGUGAUGUGCAUUGUCUUACGUCCUUCAAGAGUUCCUGACUCUGAAGGAAAUACAACAAGAGCACUCACACUGAAGGAUAUUUUAAAUGGGACAUUUUCCUACAAAACAUUUUUUCCAAACUGGAUUUCAGGACAAGAAUAUCUUCAUCAAUCUACAGAUAAUAAUGUAGUAUUUUAUAACAUUGAAACAGGAGAAUCAUAUACCAUUUUAAGUAACACCACCAUGAAAAGUGUGAAUGCUUCAGAUUAUGCCUUAUCACCUGAUCGGCAAUUUGCAUAUCUUGAGAGUGAUUAUUCAAAGCUUUGGAGAUACUCUUACACAGCAACAUAUCACAUCUAUGACCUCAGGAAUGGAGAAUUUUUAAGAAGUGAGCUUCCUCGUCCAAUUCAGUAUUUAUGCUGGUCGCCUGUUGGGAGUAAAUUAGCCUACGUCUAUCAAAACAAUAUCUAUUUGAAACAAAGACCAGAAGACCCACCUUUUCAAAUAACAUACAAUGGAAGAGAAAAUAAAAUAUUUAAUGGAAUCCCUGACUGGGUUUAUGAAGAGGAAAUGCUUGCUACAAAAUAUGCUCUCUGGUGGUCUCCUAAUGGAAAAUUUUUGGCAUAUGCAGAAUUUAAUGAUACUGAGAUACCAGUUAUUGCCUAUUCCUAUUAUGGUGAUGAACAAUAUCCUAGAACGAUAAAUAUUCCAUACCCAAAGGCUGGAGCUAAGAAUCCUGUGGUUCGGUUAUUUAUUAUCGAUGCCACUUACCCCGAAUAUGUAGGUCCCAGAGAAGUGCCAGUUCCAACGAUAAUAGCCUCCAGUGAUUAUUAUUUCAGUUGGCUCACAUGGGUUACAGAUGAAAGAAUAUGCUUGCAGUGGCUCAGAAGAAUCCAGAAUGUUUCAGUCUUGUCCAUAUGUGAUUUCAGGGAAGAUUGGCAUGCAUGGGAUUGUCCAAAGACCCAGGAGCAUAUAGAAGAAAGCAGAACUGGAUGGGCUGGUGGAUUCUUUGUUUCAACACCAGUUUUCAGCUCUGAUGCCAUUUCAUACUACAAAAUAUUUAGCGACAAGGAUGGCUACAAACAUAUUCACUAUAUCAAAGACACUGUGGAAAAUGCUAUUCAAAUUACAAGUGGCAAGUGGGAGGCCAUAAAUAUAUUCAGAGUAACACAGGAUUCACUGUUUUAUUCUAGCAAUGAAUUUGAAGGCUAUUCUGGAAGAAGAAAUAUCUACAGAAUUAGCAUUGGAAGCUAUCCUCCAAGCAAGAAGUGCAUUACUUGCCAUCUAAGAAGAAAAAGGUGCCAAUAUUACACAGCAAGUUUCAGUGACCACGCGAAGUACUACGCACUCGUCUGCUAUGGCCCAGGCCUCCCCAUUUCUACCCUUCACGAUGGCCGCACAGAUCAAGAAAUUAAAAUCCUGGAAGAAAACAAGGAAUUAGAAAAUGCUUUGAAAAAUAUCCAGCUGCCCAAAGAGGAAAUUAAGAAACUUGAAGUGGAUGAAAUGACUCUAUGGUACAAGAUGAUUCUUCCUCCUCAGUUUGACAGAUCAAAGAAGUAUCCCUUGCUAAUUCAAGUGUAUGGUGGUCCCUGCAGUCAGAGCGUAAAGUCUGUGUUCGCUAUUAGUUGGAUAUCUUAUCUUGCAAGUAAAGAAGGGAUAGUCGUUGCCUUGGUUGAUGGUCGAGGAACAGCCUUCCAGGGUGACAAACUCCUGUAUGCAGUCUAUCGAAAGCUGGGUGUCUAUGAAGUCGAGGACCAGAUCACAGCUGUCAGAAAAUUCAUAGAAAUGGGUUUCAUUGAUGAAAAAAGAAUAGCCAUAUGGGGCUGGUCCUACGGAGGGUAUGUUUCAUCGCUGGCCCUGGCUUCAGGAACUGGUCUUUUCAAAUGCGGGAUAGCCGUGGCUCCGGUCUCCAGCUGGGAAUAUUACGCAUCUAUCUACACAGAGCGAUUCAUGGGCUUCCCAACAAAGGAUGAUAAUCUCGAGCACUAUAAAAAUUCAACUGUGAUGGCAAGAGCAGAAUAUUUCAGAAAUGUAGACUAUCUUCUCAUCCACGGAACAGCAGAUGAUAAUGUGCACUUUCAAAACUCAGCACAGAUUGCUAAAGCUCUGGUUAACGCACAAGUGGAUUUCCAGGCAAUGUGGUACUCCGACCAGAACCACGGCAUCUCCGGCCUGUCCACGAAGCACUUAUACACCCACAUGACCCACUUCCUAAAGCAAUGUUUUUCUUUGUCAGACUAAAAAUGGUGCAGAUCCAAGCUGGACCACAAUCUGAACACUGCUUAUAAAUGCCUCAGACCAUUUGCUUGUUUUACUUUUUAUGCUGUUAAAUGUUGGUAUAAACAAACAAACGGAUGUUGUUCUAAAGGCUGGCAAGAAAUUAGGAGGACUCAGAAGUUCAACCUAAAUAUUGUUUACAUUUUCUGGCACUCUGUGGAAGAGGAGAAAAAAGCCAUGCCUUGUACUUUGGACAUGAACCGCAUUUUCCCCUGUUCGUCUGAGGAAUAAAAUAAAGUCAGAAAUUAAAGUGCU